GGCCGUGGGGCUCCCGGGCGCUCUCCCCGGGCCGGCCCCUGUGGGAUUUGGGUGGGGUCUUUGGUUCUGGCGGCACCAGUGUUUCAGCCAUGUCUGACAAAAGUGAGCUGAAGGCGGAGUUGGAGCGCAAGAAGCAACGAUUGGCUCAGAUCAGAGAGGAGAAGAAGAGAAAGGAGGAAGAAAGAAAGAAGAAGGAAACUGACCAGAAGAAAGAAGCUCUUCCAGUACAAGAAGAAUCUGAUCUUGAAAAGAAGAGAAGAGAAGCUGAAGCAUUACUUCAGAGCAUGGGGUUGACACCUGAGUCUCCUGUUGCUGUGCAACCUCUGCGAGUAGUAACAGCGGAUACCUGUCUGUUUCACUAUUUAGUCCCUCCUCCUACCUCUCCGUCUUCCAAAUCUGUGAGUACGCCAAGCGAGGCUGGGAGCCAGGACUCCGGGGAUGGUGCUGUUGGAUCUAGGACGCUGCAUUGGGAUACUGAUCCAUCAGUUCUUCAGCUCCACUCUGAUUCCGAUCUGGGACGUGGACCUGUUAAACUUGGAAUGGCCAAAAUUACACAAGUUGACUUUCCUCCUCGAGAAAUCGUUACCUACACAAAGGAGACGCAGACACCUGUUAUGACUCAGCCCAAGGAAGAUGAGGAAGAGGAAGAUGAUGUGGUUGCACCAAAACCAUCAGUUGAACCUGAGGAAGAAAAAACAUUAAAAAAAGAGGAGGAGGAAGAAGCUGCCCCUCAUGAGCUCACAGAGGAGGAAAAGCAACAAAUUUUGCAUUCGGAAGAAUUUUUAAGUUUUUUUGACCACUCCACAAGGAUUGUUGAAAGAGCCCUUUCUGAGCAAAUCAACAUUUUCUUUGACUACAGUGGAAGAGACUUAGAGGACAAAGAAGGAGAGAUUCAAGCAGGAGCAAAACUGUCCUUAAAUAGGCAGUUUUUUGAUGAACGUUGGUCAAAGCAUCGUGUUGUCAGUUGUCUGGACUGGUCAUCUCAGUAUCCAGAAUUACUUGUAGCCUCUUACAACAACAAUGAGGAUGCACCUCACGAGCCUGAUGGGGUGGCCCUUGUAUGGAAUAUGAAGUACAAGAAAACUACCCCAGAGUAUGUCUUUCACUGCCAGUCGGCAGUGAUGUCAGCUACAUUUGCAAAAUUUCAUCCCAAUCUGGUGGUUGGUGGCACAUACUCGGGCCAGAUAGUGCUGUGGGAUAAUCGCAGCAAUAAGAGAACCCCAGUGCAGAGAACACCACUUUCAGCUGCUGCUCACACGCACCCAGUCUACUGUGUAAAUGUUGUUGGGACCCAGAAUGCUCAUAAUUUGAUUAGUAUCUCAACUGAUGGGAAAAUAUGCUCUUGGAGUCUGGAUAUGCUUUCCCAACCACAGGAUAGCAUGGAGCUGGUUCACAAACAGUCCAAGGCUGUGGCUGUUACCUGCAUGUCUUUCCCUAUUGGAGAUGUCAACAACUUUGUUGUUGGCAGUGAAGAAGGCUCAGUGUACACUGCAUGCCGUCAUGGCAGCAAAGCUGGAAUCAGUGAGAUGUUUGAAGGACACCAGGGACCAAUCACUGGUAUCAACUGCCAUGCAGCAGUUGGACCUGUAGACUUCUCACAUCUUUUUGUCACCUCUUCUUUUGACUGGACAGUAAAGCUUUGGACAACGAAGAAUAACAAACCUCUCUACUCCUUUGAAGAUAAUUCAGAUUAUGUUUAUGAUGUGAUGUGGUCUCCAACUCACCCUGCCUUGUUUGCCUGUGUGGAUGGGAUGGGCAGGCUUGACCUGUGGAACCUCAACAAUGAUACUGAGGUGCCCACUGCAAGCAUCACCGUGGAGGGCAAUCCUGCUCUGAACCGUGUGAGAUGGACACAUUCUGGGAGAGAGAUUGCUGUAGGUGAUUCAGAGGGACAAAUAGUUAUAUAUGACGUGGGAGAGCAAAUCGCUGUUCCUCGUGGGGAUGAGUGGACCCGGUUUGGCCGAACGCUGGCAGAAAUCAACGCCAACAGAGCUGACGCAGAGGAGGAGGCUGCGACCCGCAUCCCAGCGUAGAGCCUUCCAAACAGGCUGCAGGGCUACACUUGGCAAUGAUUGGAUACAAAUCCUAGAGUGUCAAUUCUAAUCAUAGCUUAGGGGAGGAAUAUAUGGAUUCAACAAUGGACUUUGAAAUGUAUUAAGAUUAAUGAAAAUCAGAUCUUGCGUUGUUAUGUUUUAUAUAAAUUACAAGCACAUUCUGGGUUUGUGGAACUUUUAAUACAGUUAACUUUGACUUUGCAAGGAUCUUCUUUUGCUGAAACACUAACCUGGUAUAAAUUUGCUACUUGGUUUCUGUAAAGUCCAAUCUGAAACAGUAUCUUUCUGAAAAGUAAAAGUUCUGCUCCUAAAACUUUUUCUGUAUUACAGACUAACCUUCAUUAGGUAGAAAAUCUCUGAAGCAUUCUUCAAUUUGAACUCUUCAAAUUAGCCAUCAUAUGCAUGCAUAUGUUCUGAGUUUCAUUAUUUAUAUAUAGAUAAGCCUCAGACUCUGGUAGUGGGUAAUAUAUGUGAAUAAAAAUUUGUCUGUAGUUACAAACUUAUGUGGUAAUCAGACCUGAAUUAAUGAAUACAUAUUUAAUACCCAUUUCCUUUUGUUUGAACUGAUAAAAAGGUGAGACUGAUUCAUAAAUAAAUACUAUACAAGCA